AUGAAACGACGGUGGGACAACAUGACUAUCCCGAAAGACAUCCCAGAGAAGUGGUUUCCAAUCAUUCUCCCUCUAAAAAGGAAGAAAGAGGGAUUAAGCAACUCAACAAAAAUAAGAAAAGGAGCAGAGGAGGAAAGGAGAGUCCGGGCCAACGAUAGAGAGUACAAUGAGAAGUUCCAGUAUGCUAGCAACUGCAUCAUGACCUCAAAGUACAACAUCAUUACUUUCCUUCCAGUCAACUUGUUUGAGCAGUUCCAGGAAGUUGCCAAUACCUACUUCCUGUUUCUCCUCAUACUGCAGUUGAUUCCACAGAUUUCCUCAUUAUCCUGGUUCACUACCAUUGUGCCUUUAGUGCUGGUGCUGAGCAUCACUGCAGUCAAAGAUGCCACCGAUGACUAUUUUCGUCACAAGAGUGACAACCAGGUGAAUAACCGUCAGUCUCAGGUCCUCAUCGGUGGCAUUCUUCAGAAGGAGAAAUGGAUGAAUGUCAGAGUGGGUGACAUCAUCAAACUGGAGAACAAUCAGUUUGUGGCAGCUGACCUGCUCCUGUUGUCCAGCAGUGAACCACAUGGCCUCUGUUACAUUGAAACUGCAGAACUGGAUGGCGAAACGAACAUGAAGGUUCGUCAGUCUCUGUCUGUUACCUCAGAGCUGGGAGAUCCUAAUAACCUGGCCCAGUUUGAUGGAGAAGUGGUAUGUGAGCCUCCCAACAACAAGCUUGACCGUUUCUGCGGGACUCUGUAUUGGAAAGACUGUAAAUACCUCCUCAGCAACCAGAACAUGCUGCUUCGCGGCUGUGUACUGCGCAACACAGAGAGCUGCUAUGGCCUUGUUAUUUUCGCAGGUCCUGACACCAAACUGAUGCAGAACAGCGGACGGACCAAGUUCAAGCGGACCAGUAUAGACAGACUGAUGAAUACACUGGUGCUGUGGAUUUUUGGGUUCCUGGUGUGUAUGGGAGUGAUCCUGGCCAUAGGAAAUGCAGUUUGGGAAAAAGAAGUGGGUGCUCUGUUCCAGAGCUUCCUUCCCUGGGACCCACCAGUGGACAACUUCUUGUUCUUGGCCUUCCUGUCUUUCUGGUCCUAUGUCAUCAUCCUCAACACAGUCGUGCCCAUCUCCCUCUAUGUCAGUGUGGAGGUGAUUCGCCUGGGUCACAGUUAUUUCAUUAAUUGGGACCGGCGGAUGUUCUGUAGCCGUAGUAACACAGCAGCAGAGGCCCGGACCACCACACUAAAUGAAGAGCUGGGACAGGUGGAGUACAUCUUCAGUGACAAGACAGGAACACUCACCCAGAACAUCAUGACCUUCAACAAGUGCUCCAUCAACGGUCACGCAUAUGGUGAGGUGAUGGACAUUCUGGGAGCUCAGCAGAAGAGGGUCCAGCCCCUGGACUUCAGUGCUUGGAACCCUUUAGCAGACUGGCACUUCUGUUUCUACGACCAGUCUCUGCUAGAGGCAGUGAUGGCGGGAGAACCAGCAGUGCAUGAAUUCUUCCGGGUCUUGUCUCUCUGCCACACGGUCAUGAGCGAGGAGAAGAGCGAGGGAGAGCUGGUGUAUAAGGCUCAGUCUCCAGAUGAGGGGGCGUUAGUAACAGCUGCACGUAACUUUGGCUUUGUGUUCCGCUCUCGCACACCCGGCACAGUCACCACACAAGAGCUCGGCAAAGCAGUCACAUACACGCUCCUCGCCAUCCUGGACUUCAAUAAUAUCCGCAAAAGAAUGUCUGUCAUAGUGAGGAAUCCAGAGGGCCGUAUUCGUCUGUACUGUAAGGGCGCAGACACUGUGCUUUUCGAGAGGCUGCACUCUUGCAACCAUGAACUAAUGAAUAUCACUUCAGACCAUCUCAACGAGUGUGCAGGUGAUGGCUUGCGGACGCUCGCAGUGGCCUAUCGGGAUCUGUCUGAGGAGCAGUGGGAGGCGUGGGCAGAGCGUUUCCGCGGCGCUGAUAAGGCCACAGACUGCAGAGACGACCGGCUGGCUGCAGCCUAUGAGGAGAUCGAACAGGACAUGAUGCUGUUGGGGGACACAGCUAUAGAAGAUAAAUUGCAAGAGGGGGUUCCUGAGACAAUUGCCAUUCUCUCACUGGCUAACAUCAAGAUCUGGGUGCUUACUGGAGACAAACAGGAGACUGCAGUGAAUAUUGGUUAUUCCUGUAAGAUGCUGACAGAUAACAUGACAGAGAUCUUCAUUGUUAAUGGACACACUGUCCAAAGCGUACGUGAAGAGCUGAGGAAAGCAAGAGAGCGAAUGGUGGAGUCGGCACGCACCAGAGAUGGAGGGAAGGAAGUUGAAGCUCAGGGACGGGGUGAUGCUUGUGCCUUUGGAAAUGGAUGUGGAGGUGGUGGUGCUGCUAACUGGAUCCCUGAUGAGAGUAAAUGUUCGCCUCCUCAGGCUCCGCCCUCCUCCUUAUUGGAGUCAAUCAGUGGAGAGUUCGCCCUCAUCAUCAGCGGACACAGCUUGGCUCAUGCUUUGGAAGCAGAUAUGGAGCGUGAGUUUUUGGAGACGGCGUGUGCUUGUCGAGCAGUGAUCUGCUGCAGAGUGACUCCUCUUCAGAAAGCUCUGGUGGUGGAGCUGGUUAAACGACACAAGAAAGCUGUCACACUCGCCAUCGGAGAUGGAGCCAAUGACGUCAGCAUGAUAAAGACAGCUCACAUUGGCGUGGGCAUCAGCGGUCAGGAGGGGAUUCAGGCUGUGCUGGCAUCAGAUUACUCCUUUUCCCAGUUUCGCUUCCUGCAGCGACUUCUGCUGGUGCAUGGACGCUGGUCCUAUCUGCGCAUGUGCCGUUUUCUCUGUUACUUCUUCUACAAGAACUUUGCCUUCACUAUGGUGCACUUCUGGUUCGGGUUCUUCUGUGGAUUCUCAGCGCAGACUGUCUACGACCAGUACUUCAUCACUCUCUACAAUAUCGUAUACACAUCCCUGCCUGUGUUGGCCAUGGGCAUCUUCGAUCAGGAUGUUCCUGAACAGAGGAGUCUGGAGUAUCCAAAGUUGUAUGAGCCGGGUCAGCUGAACUUGCUAUUUAACAAGCGAGAGUUCUUCAUCUGCAUCGCACAGGGAAUCUACACGUCUGUGGUUCUCUUCUUCAUUCCGUAUGGCGUUCUCUCUCAUGCCACACAGAGCAAUGGAGUCCCACUGGCAGACUAUCAAACUUUUGCAGUAACUACAGCAACGGCCCUUGUCAUCGUUGUCAGCGUCCAAAUUGCUCUGGACAUGGGUUAUUGGACGGCUAUAAAUCACUUCUUUAUAUGGGGCUCUUUGGGUACCUACUUCACUAUCCUCUUCGCUAUGCACUCCAGCAUUCUGUUCAAUAUCUUCCCCAAGCAGUUCCAUUUCCUUGGAAGUGCUCGAAACACACUCGGGCAGCCAGUGGUGUGGUUAACUAUUGCUCUGGCUACCAUCAUCUGUAUUGCUCCAGUCCUUGCGUUCCGCUUUCUUAAACUGGACCUUAAACCUCAGCUCUCAGAUACCGUGCGCUACACUCAACUUGUGCUGCAGAAAAAGCGGAAGCCUGGUGGGCGUGUGGGUCGUGGAGUGGGCGGUGCUGGAGUAGCCAGUGGCAGUGCUCUUGGUCGCUUGGGGCGAGGCCGAUCUCGACGCUCUGGUUAUGCGUUUGCGCAUCAGGAGGGCUUCGGCGAGCUGAUCACAUCAGGAAAAAAUAUGCGCCUGAGCUCGCUGGCUCUCGCCACGUUCGCCUCUCGCCACAGCAGCAGUUGGAUCGAAACUCUUCGCAGGAAAAAACACGCAAACAACACACAGAACACCCCGCCCACCGGAGAAGACAGUGCCGCUUCCUCUCAAGGGCCACCCCUUUCCACGUCUUCCUCAGCAGCAGGCGAGGCAGGACAAGCAUGUAAUGAACCCGUCCUCACUCACAGCCCUGAUGAUAUCGCUCUCAGUGUUAUUAGGUGUCCAGAAAGAGAGGUUGGGGAAAGUAGUACACGAACUGUGCAGGAAGCACCAUUUGUGUGGAAGGGAACCGGAGCUCGUAUCAAUGGUGCCAGUAGUCCUGGACCACCUCCCAUAGCAGAAGAAACUUCCAGUGACGAGUGAUGGAUAGAUGGCCCAACUGGAAUCCUUCAUGGGGAUGCUCACACCUUCUGACGUGUGCUCAUGUUUCUGAGGACAUGGGCAGGGAAGACAGCGCCCCAGACAGUAUGGGAGUAAACAUAUGCUUGAAUUGAAACACAAAUGGAAAUGGAUGCAGAACUGUGCAAACAGAAAGCAAAAGAAUUGUGCUUAUUAUCAGAUUUCCUGUCAGUGAGGAGGACAAAUAUGAUGUUAUUUGACUGGUUAUGACUGAGUUUUCCAUUCUAGCCAAGUUAUCAGACAACAAACCACUAAAUAACAUUGCCACGGCUGAUAUUACAACACACCUGACUAUCCAAAUAGCUGAUGUUAAUUGUUCUCCUAUGCUAAAUUACAUUUUAUGUUAAACUUACAUCUAUCGUUAUAUUCAAUCGUUUUUAAUUUGGAGACAAAAAAAAUCUGACAUUUAUACAUUAAAGCAUUUCUGUUUCAUAUUUUACUAUAAAUUUAUCAAUACAUAUCACAAUAUAUUAAUACACUGCACAUGUAACAGUUUCAAGUAAGAGUUGUACAAAUAUUACCGAUAGCUAAAUGACCUGAAGUAUCAGCCUCAGCUGUAUUAGGUUUUAUGUUUUUGUAUUCAAAUUGGGUAGUUCAGUGACUUAUCUUGUUCGUUUGAAAUCUCGGUCAAGUCAAGGAUUGUCUGUAUCUCUAUAUAUUAAGUGUGGUUUAUCUUUUCUUCCAUUUUUUAAUCUCUUAGUGACUUUCUUGUGGUCUCAUACUUUUUUGAUCGUUUUGUCAGCAUAUUGUUUUGCUGAGUCAAAUACUUCAGCUUUUUGUCUUUUUGUUGCUCAGAGGUUAAUAGUGCUACUUGAGUUUAGGCAAGUGAACUUUCUUAUGUACUGUUAGAGAAGGCUAGAGAUUUUCUGUUUUUCCCCACUGCUGAAAAUAGCAUUAAGAUGUAUGUGGUUCUGUGAUAAAACACUAUAGUUCUCAGUGAGAACGUGAUUCUGCUGGAUGAACCCGUUCUUUCUCAUCCAUUUCUUUGCACCAUAUUGGUGCUCCAACCCUGACUGCUUGACAUAAAGUCCGAUUCAACCUCAAACUUUCCUCUACUGGACCCUUGAGGGUUUAGGCAUUUGCAUUGAUCUAGUGGACUGUAAUAAAUGUGUUUGACUUUUUUUUUUAAGUUGGAUUAUAAUAAUUUACAUCAGAGUUACCAAAUGGAUUCCACCUUGACCAUCAUGAUCUAAAUGUGGCGUUCAACAGUGUUUGGAUUUAGGUAAAUGGGCUAAUAAGAUUCUAAACACAGUAGUGUGUGUGUGGUGUUGUUGUUGUUGUGAUGUGAAUGGGUGAGACAGACCAAGAAAGUUUUUAAAGAUGUUUGAGAAGAUACUGAGCUCCAUACUUGCCCUCUUCCCUGUUUAAGUUAGGCCUAGCUUUCAUACUGUUGUAACAAUUACAUGCCUUAAAAGCUAAAUGUGUGGGUGUUCUUUUUUUUCCAUCCACACAUUUAUAUAUUGCAAUAAGAGGUUAAAGGUCAUCUUAUGAAUAGUUUGUUUCAGUGUCUGUUAGCCAAAUCCAAAUGGUCUGUGAAGUAAAUAGUAUGACUCUACUCUUGUGAAUGGGCCUAUUGAAAAAUUAAAAAUAGA